CGCACCCGUACCUCAGGUAACCGUUGCCAUGGGAGAACAGAACUAUACUCUCUAUUUAUUCCCCUAUCUCUGAAGUCUUUCAUUCGAAAUUCCCUUCUUCUCCUCCCAACUUCUGCUUUUCUUUGGUUAUCCCAUAUUCCUUGCAUGAUAUACUGUUUAUACUUGUUGUUUUCCAGUACUUUACUGUGCAUCUUAAGCCAUAGUCCCGGCUAAGGGUCAUCGGAUGACCACAUUGCCUUAACCUUACACUUCUUCUGCAAGGUUACUUCUUUUCUGCCCCGGUGGCUUAAUCAUACUGAAAUAUGGCUACUCCUACGGUAUCAACUCCAGUCAAGACCCAUCAUGGCAUCUUCUCAUCGAAAACCGCUGGUGGUCGCAUGCCUCUCACACCCUCUCCGCGUACGCGAGCGGCAAGCAUUACCUCAAAUCACUCUUCCCCAUUCACCCCUCCGCGUCAGGCAGAGGGCAGCAAGGACCAUGGAAAGUCAGUCUACGGUGGAAACUUGUCUUCUUACUUUGCCAAGUCCAUGUCCAGGGCAACCCGCAACUACCGCGAGUCUCCCAAGUCCAAUAUUGCCCGGGUCCGGAAGUCGCCCAGACAUUUAGAAUUGGGCGUCUCUGAGUGGGCAUUAUCCGGUACUGGUCCAUCGUCAGCACAGUCUCCAUCCAAGGAGCGGCUGCGGAAAGAUGCCCCGACGCGUACAACUAGGUCCGGAAAGACUACUGUUCGUAUCACACACAAUGCAGGAGAUAGAUUCAUUCCAAAUCGGACCGCUAGUGAAGGGCUGGCAACUGCUGGAACCGCAAAGCCUGAAGAGAACCAGCGACCCAAGCCAAAUAGUAACGAGGGUUCUACCGUACUUGCUAGCGCUGCGAGCGCCUUCGACAUUGGUGGUCGAGGAACGGAAGAUGACAUCACCGCGGCUCUUGAGAACCUUGGUCUAGAGGACGAGACUGCGUCCACAUCUUCAUCUUCCUCAUAUACUAGGCCAGCUCCAGAUACUGUUGCCUAUGAGUCGUCAUUGGCCGAUGCUUGCGGUGUAAACCUGAACACUCGAAUUCUUGCAUUCAAGCCACCACCGCCUGAGUCGUCCAAGCCUAUUGACUUACGUGCCCAGUACAAUCGUCCUCUUAGACCAGCCAAGUCUAAAUCUUCACAGUUCCGCAGAAGGGUUCAGACCGCUCCCGAACGUGUUCUGGAUGCUCCUGGUCUUCUGGACGACUACUAUCUCAAUCUCCUAGAUUGGAGCUCCGGUAACCAAGUCGCCAUUGGUCUUGAGCGCAAUGUCUACGUAUGGUCAGCAGAGUCAGGAACUGUUAGCUGCCUGUUAGAGGCAUCUCCCGAUACCUAUAUCAGCAGUGUCAAGUGGAGCGGCGAUGGGGCUUAUGUUGGUGUUGGUUUGGGAACUGGUGAGGUUCAAAUCUGGGACGUUGAGGAGGGUACCAAGCUGCGAAGUAUGUUUGGCCAUGAUUCUCGUGUUGGCGUCAUGGGUUGGUCAAAGCAUACCCUAUCGACAGGUGCCCGCAGCGGCCUCGUCUUUAACCACGACGUCCGCAUCGCUCAACACAAAGUAGCCGAGCUUGUAUCACACACCUCCGAAGUCUGUGGGCUCGAGUGGAGACCCGACGGUGCUCAGCUCGCUACUGGUGGCAAUGACAACCUGGUAAACAUCUGGGAUGCUCGGUCCCUCAGUGCGCCCAAGUUCACCAAGACCAACCACCGUGCUGCUGUCAAAGCUCUCAGCUGGUGUCCCUGGCAGCUCAACCUGCUUGCCACAGGUGGUGGAUCGUACGACCGCCACAUUCACUUCUGGAACACUACGACGGGUGCUCGGACCAACAGCAUCGACACUGGCUCCCAGGUCACCAGUUUAAGGUGGAGUAACCACUACCGAGAGAUUGUUAGCUCUAGCGGUUUCCCCGACAACUCUCUGAGUAUCUGGAGCUACCCGACUCUAGUCCGCAACAUUGAGAUUCCAGCCCAUGAGACACGUGUUCUGCACAGUUGUCUCAGUCCUGACGGUCAGCUUUUAGCCACAGCGGCAGCAGAUGAGAGCUUAAAGUUCUGGAAGGUCUUUGAACGCAAGCCAGGAACCAGUGCCUCUGCGUCUCGCGAAGGUGGAGUUGGAAGCAAGGCUCAAAUGACCAAAUCCAUGACCAUUCGGUAGUGUACUUUUGUUGGCUGUCUGUUUCUUUUUCUUUUUUCUUCUUAUUGGGUACUUUCACCGCUUCAGAAUUUCCGGGUUUAUAUCACUGGGGGAGUUGGAUUACCAUGGCUGGCGUUAUUGAGGAACUGUAUUUAAGUGAGACCGUACUCCGUAUACUUUUGGGGUUUAAGAUUCUUUGUAUAG